AUGUUGGAAGAAUUAGACGAAGGAUCGGUUGUCCUUGACGUUGGAGUUGGAACUGCCAGCGCUCUGGUCAAGCAUCGGGCUUUGUUGCAAAAGAAGAAUAUUCGUGUAAUUGGAAUCGACAAUGAUGAUGGGUAUGUGAAAGCCGCCAAAUUCAACGUUGGAUAUGCCUCGAUCGAAAACCAAAUUCGUAUCUACAGACAAGAUGUGCGCCUAAUGAAUGACCUGAAGGGUCAAAUUGUGCUCCCACACGGUUCCCAGGUUGGCUUCAAGAGCCAAGAAAAAGAAGUAAAGUUUGAUGCUAUCAUGUUUUCUGUUGAUCAUGGCGAUCUCAUCACAGAGUAUGAAGCCAACAAGAUGUUUGCAAAAAUCAGAAAGAAGUGCAAAUUGAAAACUGCGAAGCAUGAGGUCAUAGAGAACAGCAUUGACAAUGCUCUAGAAGCAGCAUAUUUUACUGUACUAGAGUAUGAUCCAAACAACCAAGGAGACAAGCAGGAAGAGAAUAAGAAGAACAGCAAGAAGAACCGGAGCAAGUCACCACUCAAACACGACAAAAAGGAGAAGGAGGACACAAAGAAAGCGAACAACAGGAACAGGAGCAAAUCACCAACCAAACACAAAAGGUAG